GAACUUCCUGGCAAACAGCCCCGCGACCUGGCAAGCGGGGCAAGAUGGCGGACGCUGAAGAGGGUGUUUCGCGGCCGGCAGCGGUCUCUACCGCCCCAAUUUCUUUUGGCUUUAGUCGCACGUCCUCCCGGAGGCGGGUGGUGGACCUAGGAGACAGAGCGAGGGCCGCCCCGGAGGAGAAGGAUUUCUUGAAGACUGUGGAGGGAAGGGAGCUGCAGAGUGUGAAGCCCUCAGAAGCCCCUAAGGAACUUGUCAUCCCUUUGAUCCAGAAUGGACAUCACAGGCAGCUACUGACCCAGACCCCUGGACCAUCCACAGAUGCUGAGACCUUAGUGGAUGGGGUGCUGCUGUCCCAGGCUGUGAAGGAACUCAUUGAGGAAUCCAAGAAGUCUCUGGAGGAGAGAGAGAAUGAAGGUGUCGACCCCACGCUCGCUAUCCCCAUGAUCCAGAAAGGAUGCAUCCCCAGUGGGGAAGGGGCAGACAGUGAACCCCAGGCUGAGACAGUGCCAGAGGAGGCAGAUUACGAGGCAGUCCCUGUGGAGGCCUAUGGGCUGGCCAUGCUGCGGGGCAUGGGCUGGAAACCUGGCGAGGGCAUCGGCCGUACCUUCAGUCAAGUGGUGAAGCCCCGUGUCAACUCACUGAGGCCCAAGGGGUUAGGGCUGGGUGCAGACCUGACCAAGGCCAAGGCCCUGGCCUCCACUGGCCCCCACCGACUGCCAAAGCCAGAUGAGCAGGAGAAGGAGAAGGAAGACCAACCUCAAGGACUGGUAACUGGAGGAGCUGUGGUAGUCCUGUCUGGCCCCCAUCGAGGAAUUUAUGGGAAGGUGGAAGGCUUUGAUCCUGACAACGUUCGGGCCAUGGUUCGUCUGGCAGCGGGGAGCCGUGUGGUGACUGUUAGUGAGUAUUGCUUGCGGCCUAUCUCCCAGCAGGAAUUUGACAAGAACUCUUCGGAUCUCGGCCAGGUGAGCAAAACUUCCUCAGAGCAACAGAACAGAACAGCCUCAUCAUGGAAGGCCCUCCGGGAUCAGGACCUACGUGUUCGGCAGGAGGACUCAGAGAGGAAGCGGAAACACCCUCCAGACCGAGAGGAUGGACCUGCAGCAAAGAGUGAGAAAGCAGCCCCCAGGAGUCAGCAUUGGUUGCGCAGAGACCUGCGUGUGAGGUUUGUGGACAAGCUGCACAAGGGCGGCCAGUAUUACAACAUUAAGAUGACAGUUGAAGAUGUCCUGAGCCCAGAUACUUGUGUGUGUCGCACAGAUGAAGGCCAGAUCCUAGAAGGCCUGAGGGAAGACAUGCUAGAGACCCUGAUUCCCAAAGUCGAGGGCAACCGUGUGAUGGUAGUGCUGGGACCACAGGCUGGAAGGGUGGGACGUCUGCUGGGCUGGGACACAGAGAAGAGCCAGGCUUUGGUGCAGCUGCAGAGAGAGAAUCAGUUGGUGGAGCUUCACUACGAUGCUGUCUGCCAGUACAUGGGCCCCAGUGACUCAGAUGAAGACUGACCUGUGUGACCU